AUGAGACCGCACCCCGAAACAUCCGCUGUCCCCUCCUCGUUCCCAACCAAGACUCCCGCCACAGACCCCAAGGAACCACCGUGCGCUCAGUCUCAAGACUUCACCCUGCCCAGGCUACGCCUUGAGAUUCGAGACCUCGCCCACCCGGGCGCCAACCUCGCCCUCGCCUCCGUCGACGCCGCCGAAACCAUCACCACCGCCGCCCGCAACGUCCUCCGCCUCCUCUACACCUCCCCCGCCUCCCCAACCACCACGCCGCCGCCAACCCGCUCCGUCACCCUCAUCCUCCGCGACAUGCCGGGCGUAGCCUGCACAACAGGCACCGAGCUCGACGACGACCACAAGGAGGUGCACUUCUCGCUGAACCACAUCGCCGGCACGAGCAGGCAGCGCACCGACCAGGAAAUCGCCGGCGUCAUCACCCACGAGCUCGUCCACUGUCUGCAGUGGAACGCAUUCGGCACCUGCCCCGGCGGCCUGAUCGAGGGCAUCGCCGACUGGGUCAGGCUGAACUGCGGCCUGGCGCCGCCGCACUGGAAGAGGGACGACGUCGCCGACAGGUGGGACGCGGGCUAUCAGCACACGGCCUACUUUCUCGACUACUUGGAGAGGACGCGCGGGGACGGCUUCGUGGCGAGGCUCAACGAGAAGCUGAGAAUCGAAAAGUACUCUGAGAGGAAGUUUUGGAUAGAGUUGACGGGGCGCACCGUUGGCGACUUAUUUGCCGACUAUGUCGAGAGUCUCAACCUUGGGCAGUAG